CCCAAAAUUUUAAAAUUGGGGCUCUCAAUGCGAGUCCCCGGUCUUCUUCUUCUUCUUGCUGAACAGUGGAGUGGGGAUUGGCGAAGAAAUUCUUCCGACAGGCCAUUUUCCCGUUUGUUUAAUUCUCCGAUUUCAACCUUCGCCGACGAGUUUCAGGUGCCAACUAAUUGUUGCUGCGUGCCAAUUUUGGGUUUGGACGUAUUGUUGCUGCACAUUAAGAUUUAGGUCACGAAAUGAUUGUUGUUUGUGUUGCAUUUGGCAUCAUUGUGGCAUGAUUUGUAUACAAGCUUUUAGCUACUUGGUGACGUCUGGCUAUUAAAAAUGGGUAGUAAAGGUCGUAUUCCGCCUCCACAUGCAAGGCGUCCUCUUCCAGGUUCUGGUGUCCUGCAUCCAGAAGCAUUUGGUCAUGGGCUACGUCCUCCGCCCGGUACUUUUCCUCCCUUUGACAUGAUGCCUCCUCCAGAAGUAAUGGAACAGAAGCUAGCUGGGCAACAUGUUGAGAUGCAGAAACUCGUCACCGAGAAUCAGAGGCUUGCUGCUACCCAUGGAACCUUGAGGCAAGAGCUUGCUGCUGCGCAGCAUGAGCUUCAAAUUCUUCAUGCUCAAAUAGGAGCUGUGAAAUCUGAAAGAGAGCAGCAAGCAAGGAAUCUUUCUGAUAAGAUUGCAAAGAUGGAGUCAGAACUACAAGCUGGUGAGCCAAUUAAGUUAGAGUUGCAGCAAGCAAAAUCAGAUGCUCAGAACUUGAUUGUAGCAAGGCAGGAGCUUAUUACGAGAGUGCAACAUUUGACCCAAGACCUCCAGAGGGCCCAUGGAGACGUGCAGCAGGUUCCAGUUUUGAUGUCAGAACUCGAGAGUUUGAGGCAGGAAUAUCAGCAUUGUAGGGCGACCUAUGACUAUGAGAAAAAAUUAUACAAUGAUCAUCUUGAGUCACUUCAGGUGAUGGAAAAAAAUUAUAUCACAAUGGCUAGGGAACUGGAGAAGCUUAGGGCAGAGUUGACGAAUACUGCUAGUCUAGAAAGAAGACAUGGUGGGCCUUAUGGUACUACCCAAAACAACGAGAUAGAAGCUUCUGGGAAUCCAGCUGGACAAAAUACUUAUGAAGACGGCUAUGGUGUUGCCCAGGGACGUGGCCUGCUGCCUGCUACUGCAGGUGGUGCAUCCAGUGCGGGUGCGACUGCAUACACAGGACCUCAAACUGGUUCUACUGCAACCAGACCCAACUAUGAUGCAGCAAGAGGUACCCAACGAGGAUCUGGUUACGAAGGAGCAAGAGGAUCCAUUUACGAUUCACAGAGACCUGGUUAUGAUGGACAAAGAGGACCAGGUUACAAUGUGCCUGGGCUACCUACUUAUGAUGCACCUAGGGGAGGAGCUGGCUAUGAUGCUCAAUCUAGAGGUGUGGGAGGACAUGCUGCGCCUGGAAAUACCGCACCGUAUGGGUCUUCAACACCGCCUGUUCGAGGUGGCGGAGGAAACCCUGGCCGGAGAUGAGCCAAAGGUACCAUUUGAGAGAUAAUCUUAUGUUGCGUUUACUCAUCAGCCUUAGUUGUCAUCAUCUGUUGUGCCAUUCCCUCAAAUUUGCAACGCCUUUUUUUUUCAUUGCUACUCCUCUCUGUCAACAUUGAUGGUAAGUUUAUUAUCAAAUGCAGUUACUUGACAAACUUGGAAUGAAAUCAUUGGAGCACCUUACUGAAAUCAACGUCAAAAUCAUAUCUGGUUUAAUGAUUUAUCA